CAAUUAAAAAGCCAAUUAAAACCACAAAGACUGAUGCUACACCUAUUAUUGAGACGAAUGUUGAACUACAACAAAAUCAGCAAAAUGAUUGGUUUUCUAAGAGUAUGGCUCGCAAACAUCUCAAAUAUUGUACUGCUGCUCUCAAGGAACUGAAAAAGCAUCCUUCAGCUGGACUUUUCCUUGAACCUGUUGACGCAAUCAAAUAUGGCAUACCUGAUUAUUUCGACAUUAUUAAACAACCAAUGGACCUUGGAACUGUAGAAGCCAAACUUAAUGCGCUUCAAUAUACUACCGUAACAGAUUUUGAGUCAGAUGUACGACUCAUAUUUUCAAACUGUAUUCUCUAUAAUGGUGUAGAUCAUCCCGUCUCUCAACAAGCUAAAGAAUUAGAAAGUUUAUUCAACGUACAACUUAGUAGCUUUCCUGGAGGUAAAAAGGAGGUCAAACCUCCUGUGACAGAACCUUCUACUAAAGCGACAAAGUCUGUAAAAUCUACUGCAACUGCUGCGGCUGCGGCGGCGACAGUAACAUCAUCGCCAUCAUCGACUGUAAACCUGACUAUUGAUGAAUCUC